AUGAAUCGGUCCAUUGAUCAUACGCUGCUCAAGGCGGAGGCUCAACCGUCUCAGAUUGAAACGUUGUGCCACGAAGCGACUCGCUUUGCCUUCUAUUCCGUAUGCGUCAACUCGUGCUACGCUGCACUCGCCCGAAAGACACUUGAUGACCUGGAAAAGUGUCGUAACAAUGUUGGUAGUAUAACUAGUGACACUAGGAAGUCUCAUGUAAAAGUGUGCUGCGUCGUGGGGUUCCCGCUUGGGGCAGCCACCACAACUACAAAAGCCUUUGAAGCCCAGCAGUGUCUCGAUGCUGGAGCGGAAGAGAUCGAUAUGGUGCUUAAUGUGGGAAUGCUACGUGCCCAAGAGUACGACUUUGUACUCGCUGACGUCACUGCUAUCGUGGCCGUGUGCAAAGAGCGCAACGCUUUGUGUAAAGUCAUUCUAGAGACGGCACUGCUGACUACCGAGCAGAUCCGCAAAGCCAGUGAGUUGGCUAUUGCAGCCGGUGCAGACUUUAUCAAGACGUCGACGGGGUUCUCUACGCGAGGUGCCAGUGAGGAAGACGUGAAGCUCAUGGUGAGCAUUGCAAAACCUGCUGGGAAACAGGUGAAGGCUAGCGGCGGGAUCCGCUCGGCCGCUGACGCGGAGAAGAUGAUAGCACUGGGAGCCAUGCGUCUUGGGACAAGUGCCGGCGUUAAAAUUGUCCAAGGCUUGCAGAGCACGGACGCGUACUAG